AUGGUCCCGCACGAGAAGCUGCAGGCCGAGCAGGCCUGGGAGCAGCCCACGGCCCCGGCGCCGGUGCAGAGGCGCACGAGCGUCACGGCGAAGCGCGUAUUUGGCACGAUCGCGCUUGUCGCGCUCGCAUGGAUGUACUGGCACCACCCUACCCCGCGUUUCCACGCAUGCCAUAGCUGGCUCAACGAGCUGCGCGACCAGGUGCGCUGGGACGCACCCGAGUGCAGAAUCCGUGGCCAGAGCCACGAUGCGGCGUGCCGCACGACGUAUGAGCAGCGCAACCGCGCGUACGAAGAGGCGUUCCUCGCCGAGCCCAAGGCUGACGAGGCGCGUGCGGCGCUCCAGCGCUACACCGCGCAGCACCACAUUGCCGGCGAAAAGGCGGACUACAUCUCGACGCUGCGCCUGAUCGAGGAGUGGUCGGAGCUCCUCGGCAUGCCGCGUGUGCGCAACGCAUCCGAGCUUAUCUUUGAUGCGGGGUCGUCCGAGUCGCGCGAGUGGCUCCUGCAGCGCGAGCCCCGCUCGCAGAAGCACGCGCAUCCCCGCGUGUGGGCCGACACCUACUCGAUCUGGCUCGACCAGCCGGUGAACUCGUCGCUGUCUCUUUCUAGUGACGGCAAAGAGGCAUGGGUCGCCAACCUCGCCGAAGACGUUCUGGAGGAGGACGAGUCGAGUGCGUACGGCAUGCCGCCCUUCCACGGCUACUCGUUCUCGGGCCGCGCAUCGGGCGAGCUGGUGUACGUCGGCGACGGCCACAAGGCGGACUACGAGCUCCUCGAAUCGCACGGCAUCGACUUCCACGGCAAAAUCGUCCUGGUGCGCUACGGCGGCCUGUUCCGCGGCCUCAAGGUGCGUGCGGCGCAAGAGGCGGGCGCCGUCGGUGUCCUGAUCUACUCGGACCUGAAGGAGGACGAUACCGUGACGGAGGAGAACGGGUACAAGGCCUAUCCGGAUGGGCCCGCCCGCCAGCCGAGCGCCGUGCAGCGCGGCUCGGUGCAGGCCUUGUCGUUCUACCCCGGCGACCCCGGCACGCCGGGCGAGCCGUCGUACCGCAACGCGACGCGCCUCCCGGUCGACGAGGCGGACACGCUGCCCAAGAUCCCGUCCCUCCCGAUCUCCUACACCAACGCCAAGCGCCUCCUCGAGAGCUUGCGUGGCCACGGCACGCCGAUCACCAAGGUCGGCAGCCACCUCCCCGGCGCGAUUCCCGGCGUAGAGUACUGGACCGGCCCCAGCAAGGAGGUUGCGCACAUGGAGAACCAGAUGGAUCUCAAGACGCGCGACAUUUGGAACGUCUACGCGGUGAUUCCGGGGUACGUCGACGACCAGCGCGUGGUCCUCGGCAACCACCGCGAUGCGUGGACGUUUGGCGGCGUCGACCCCUCGUCCGGCACCGCCGUCUUUCACGAAGUGGUCAAGGGCUUUGGCGCGCUGCUCAGCCAGGGCUGGAAGCCGAUGCGUACAAUCGUCAUUGCGUCGUGGGACGCGGAAGAGUACGGCCUCGUGGGCUCGACCGAGUUCGGCGAGGACUACCCCGAGCACAUCCUGCACAACGUCGCCGCCUACCUGAACCUGGACAUGGCCGUCGGCGGCUCGGAGCUUUCGGGCUCGGCCUCGCCGUCGCUCGCGGGCCUCUUGCACGAUGCCGGCGCGAGCGUCGCGGACCCCGACCGCGACGGUGUGCUCACCUUUGGCGAGGUCGACGCGCUCGGCUCGGGCAGCGACUUUACCGUCUUUUUGCAGCGCAUCGGCAUUGCGUCCGCCGACGUGAGCUUCCGCCGGAAGCACGGCGACGCGGUGUACCACUACCACUCCAACUUUGACUCGUUCCACUGGGUCGAAAAGUUUGGCGACCCCGGCUUUAAGCGCCACGAGGCGCUGGCCAAGGUGUUUGGCCUGAUGGCACUGCGCACCGCGCAGUCGCCCUUCCUGCCCAUCGACGUCGUGGCCUACGCCAACGAGCUCGAGGACUACCUGGCCAAGGUGCGCAAGGUCGCCGACGGCCGCAAUGCCGACGGGCUCGACGCGGUCGCCGACGCGAUCGACCAUGUCGUGCACCGCGCCAAGCAGCUCGAGAAGCACAUUGCGCGUGUCGGCCGCCGCUUCCGCCACCUGCUCGCCAAGGAGCACGGCCAGAGGCCGUCGGACGAGCUGCGCGAGGCGAUGCGCGACGUCCGCCACGCGAACCUCAAGCUCAAGGCGUUCGAGAGCGGGUUUAUCGACGAGCGCGGCCUGCCCGAGCGGACGUGGUACCGCCACAUUGGCGUGGCGCCGGGCCGCUGGCUGGGCUACGGCGCGACGACCUUCCCCGGUCUCACCGAAACGUACACGAUCGACGGCGGCAAGCACGCCGCGUUUGAGAUCGAGCGCCUGCUGGACGCGCUGCAUCGCAUCGCAGAGGGUUUGCGUUGGUAG